AUGAGCAACUAUUCCCUUGCCAUUGAAUUCCAGCAACGAGCAGUAGAUGCCUGGGAUAGUCAUGGACCAAGUGCACAAAAUGAGCUCAUGGAAGCGAGUCGAAUUCUUGAACAACUGAAGACAAAAGCGCGUGAUGCAUUCACAAACCAGCUUCUUACAGAAGCCUUGCCUAUGCCUCACAGUAACCCUUCUGGAAUAAACUCACUGCCUGACAAUCCUCUCAACGAGAAUCAAACAAGCACGAUAUAG